AUGAGAGGCUAUUUUCUUUACCAGUUCCUAAAACAGAGUUCAGAACGUCCCUGGGGACGGUGUAUGGGAGAUGACUGUGGACCAGGCGGCAUCCAGACCCGGGCUGUGUGGUGUGCUCACGUGGAAGGCUGGACAACACUGCAUACGAACUGCAAGCAGGCUGGCAGACCCAGUAACCAGCAAAACUGUUUCAAAGUCUGUGACUGGCACAAAGAGUUGUAUGACUGGAGGCUGGGGCCCUGGAAUCAGUGUCAGCCCGUGAUUUCCAAAAGCUUGGAGAAAGCUCGAGAAUGUGUGAAGGGAGAGGAGGGCAUCCAGGUGAGAGAGAUAACCUGCAUCCAAAAGGACAAGGACAUCCCCGCAGAGGACAUCAUCUGCGAGUACUUUGAGCCCAAGCCUCUUCUGGAACAGGCCUGCCUCAUCCCUUGCCAGCAAGACUGCAUCGUGUCUGAGUUCUCGGCCUGGUCCGAGUGCUCCAGAACCUGCGGCAGCGGCCUGCAGCACCGAACCAGGCACGUGGUCGCACCGCCACAGUUUGGAGGCUCCGGCUGUCCCAACCUCACCGAGUUCCAGGUGUGCCAGUCCAACCCCUGCGAGGCGGAGGAAAGCAUGUAUAGCUUGCAGGUCGGGCCCUGGAGCGCAUGCUCCGUGCCACACUCACGGCAAACCAGGCAAGCCAGGCGUCGUGGCAAGAACAAAGAGCGGGAGAGGGAUCGAGGCAAAGCCGUGAAGGACCCGGAGGCCCGUGAGCUCAUCAAGAAGAAGAGGAACAGAAACAGACAAAACAGACAGGAGAACAGAUACUGGGACAUCCAGAUUGGGUAUCAGACCAGGGAUGUGAUGUGCACGAACAAGACUGGGAAAGCUGUGGAUCUCAGCUUUUGCCAGCAAGAGAAACUGCCCAUGACCUUCCAGUCCUGUGUGAUCACCAAAGAGUGCCAGGUGUCCGAGUGGUUGGAAUGGAGCCCAUGUUCAAAAACAUGCCAUGAUGUCACAUCCCCCACAGGCACUCGUGUAAGGACAAGGACCAUCAGGCAGUUUCCAAUUGCAAGUGAAAAGGAAUGUCCAGAACUUGAGGAGAAAGAACCCUGUUUGUCUCAGGGAGAUGGAGCUGAUCUCUGUGCUAUGUAUGGCUGGAGAACUACAGAGUGGACCGAGUGCCACGUGGACCCUUUGCUCAGUCAGCAGGACAAGAGGCGUGCCAAUCAGACAGCCCUCUGCGGAGGUGGCAUCCAGACCCGGGAGGUAUACUGCAUACAAACUAACGACAACCUGCUCUCCCACUUAAAUACACAGAAGGACAAAGAAGCUUCAAAACCGGUGGACUCAAAAUUAUGCAGUGGCCCUGUUCCUAACACCACACAGCUGUGCCACCUUCCUUGUCCAGUGGAAUGUGAGGUUUCACCCUGGUCUGCCUGGGGACCUUGUACUUACGAGAACUGUAAUGACCAACAAGGGAGAAAAGGAUUCAAACUAAGGAAGCGGCGCAUUACGAAUGAGCCUACUGGAGGUUCAGGGGCAACUGGAAACUGCCCUCACUUACUGGAAGCCAUUCCCUGUGAAGAGCCAGCCUGCUAUGACUGGAAAGCAGUGAGACUUGGAGACUGUGAACCAGAUAAUGGAAAAGACUGUGGGCCAGGCACUCAAGUUCAAGAGGUUGUAUGCAUCAACAGUGAUGGAGAAGAAGUGGACAGACAGCUGUGCCGAGAUGCAAUCUUUCCCAUUCCUGUGGCCUGCGAUGCGCCAUGCCCAAAGGACUGUGUGCUCAGUGCAUGGUCCACAUGGUCCUCCUGUUCACACACCUGCUCUGGGAAAACCACAGAAGGGAAACAGAUCCGAGCUCGCUCCAUUCUGGCCUAUGCAGGUGAAGAAGGUGGAAUCCGCUGCCCAAACAGCAGUGCCUUGCAAGAGGUGCGCAGCUGUAAUGAACAUCCUUGCACUGUGUAUCACUGGCAAACAGGUCCCUGGGGUCAGUGUAUAGAGGACACGUCAGUGUCAUCCUUCAAUACGACUACAACAUGGAAUGGGGAGGCCUCAUGUUCGGUGGGCAUGCAGACACGAAAAGUCAUCUGUGUUCGAGUCAACGUGGGCCAAGUGGGACCCAAGAAGUGUCCUGAAAGCCUUCGGCCUGAAACAGUGAGGCCUUGCUUGCUCCCUUGUAGGAAGGAUUGUAUCGUGACCCCAUACAGUGACUGGACGCCAUGUCCCUCUUCAUGCAGAGAAGGGGACUCUGGAACCAGGAAGCAGUCUCGACAUCGGGUCAUCAUUCAGCUACCAGCCAAUGGAGGCCGGGACUGCUCAGACCCUUUAUAUGAAGAGAAGGCUUGUGAGGCCCCUCCCACGUGUUACAGCUACAGGUGGAAGACACACAAAUGGCGCAGGUGCCAGUUAGUUCCUUGGAGCAUCCAACAGGAUGUACCUGGAGCUCAGGAAGGCUGUGGGCCUGGACGGCAGGCAAGAGCCAUUACUUGUCGAAAGCAAGAUGGAGGGCAGGCUAGCAUCCAGGAGUGCCUCCAGUAUGCAGGCCCUGUGCCAGCCCUGACUCAGGCUUGCCAGAUCCCCUGCCAAGAUGACUGUCAAUUUACCAGCUGGUCCAAGUUUUCUUCAUGCAAUGGAGACUGCGGUGCAGUUAGGACCAGAAAGCGUGCUAUUGUUGGAAAAAGCAAAAAGAAGGAGAAAUGUAAAAACUCCCAUUUGUACCCUCUGAUUGAGACUCAGUAUUGUCCUUGUGACAAAUACAAUGCGCAGCCUGUGGGAAACUGGUCAGACUGUAUUUUACCGGAAGGGAAGGCCGAAGUGCUGUUGGGGAUGAAGGUACCAGGAGACAACAAGGAGUGUGGACAAGGAUACCGUUACCAAGCGAUGGCAUGCUACGAUCAAAAUGGCAGACUCGUGGAAACAUCGCGAUGCAACAGCCAUGGUUACAUAGAAGAAGCAUGCAUCAUCCCCUGCCCCUCAGACUGCAAGCUCAGUGAGUGGUCCAACUGGUCUCGCUGCAGUAAGUCCUGUGGCAGCGGCGUGAAGGUCAGGUCCAAGUGGCUUCGAGAAAAGCCUUAUAAUGGAGGAAGGCCUUGCCCCAAACUGGACCAUGUCAACCAGGCACAGGUGUAUGAGGUCGUCCCGUGCCACAGUGACUGCAACCAGUACAUAUGGGUCACAGAGCCAUGGAGUGUCUGCAAGGUGACCUUUGUGGACAUGCAAGAGAACUGUGGAGAGGGUGUGCAGACCCGAAAAGUGAGAUGCAUGCAGAAUACAGCAGAUGGCCCUUCUGAACAUGUGGAGGAUUACCUAUGCGACCCAGAAGAUAUGCCCCUGGGCUCUAGAGAGUGUAAACUACCAUGCCCUGAGGACUGUGUGAUAUCUGAGUGGGGGCCAUGGACCCAGUGUGCUUUGCCUUGCAAUCCAGGUGGUUCCCGGCAAAGGUCGGCUGAGCCCAUCAGACAGCCUGCUGAUGAAGGAAGAAUCUGCCCCAAUGCCCUGGAGAAAGAGCCCUGUAAUCUGAACAAAAACUGCUACCACUAUGACUACAACGUCACAGACUGGAGUACAUGUCAGCUGAGCGAAAAGGCAGUUUGUGGAAAUGGCAUAAAAACAAGGAUGUUGGACUGUGUUCGAAGUGAUGGCAAGUCCGUUGACCUGAAAUAUUGUGAAGAGCUUGGCCUAGAGAAGAACUGGCAAAUGAACACAUCCUGCAUGGUGGAAUGCCCUUUGAACUGUCAGCUUGCAGACUGGUCUCCUUGGUCAGAAUGUUCUCAAACAUGUGGACUCACAGGAAAAAUGAUUCGAAGACGAACAGUGACCCAGCCCUUUCAAGGUGAUGGGAGACCUUGCCCUUCGCUGAUGGAACAGUCCAAGCCUUGCCCAGUGAAGCCAUGCUAUCGUUGGCAGUAUGGCCAGUGGUCUCCAUGCCAAGUUCAGGAGGCCCAGUGUGGAGAAGGAACCAGGACACGGAAUAUUUCUUGUGUAGUGAGUGAUGGCUCAGCUGAUGAUUUCAGCAAAGUUGUUGAUGAAGAAUUCUGCACUGACAUUGAGCUCAUCGUAGAUGGUAAUAAACAGGUAGUUCUGGAGGAAACCUGCACCCAGCCUUGCCCAGGUGACUGCUAUUUGAAUGACUGGUCUUCAUGGAGCCUGUGUCAGCUGACCUGUGUGAAUGGUGAGGAUCUUGGCUUUGGUGGAAUACAGGUCCGAUCCAGAGCAGUGAUUAUACAGGAACUGGAGAAUCAACAUCUGUGCCCAGAGCAGAUGUUAGAAACAAAGCCAUGUGAUGAUGGACAGUGCUACGAGUAUAAGUGGAUGGCGAGUGCUUGGAAGGGCUCCUCUCGAACAGUCUGGUGUCAAAGGUCAGAUGGUGUAAAUGUAACAGGUGGCUGCUUGGUGGUGAGCCAGCCUGAUGCUGACAGGUCUUGUAACCCACCCUGUAGCCAACCCCACUCAUACUGUAGUGAGAUGAAGGCAUGUCGUUGUGAAGAAGGGUACACUGAAGUCAUGUCCUCCAACAGCACCCUUGAGCAAUGUACACUUAUCCCAGUGGUGGUGAUUCCCACUGUGGAGGACAAAAGAGGAGACGUGAAAACCAGUCGGGCCGUUCACCCAACCCAACCCUCCACUAACCCAGCAGGACGGGGCAGGACCUGGUUUCUACAGCCCUUUGGGCCAGAUGGGAGACUAAAGACCUGGGUUUAUGGUGUCGCAGCAGGGGCAAUUGUGCUGUUAGUCUUCAUUGUCUCCAUGAUUUAUCUAGCUUGCAAAAAGCCAAAGAAACCCCAAAGACGACAAAACAACCGCCUCAAACCUUUAACCUUAGCAUAUGAUGGAGAUGCCGAUAUGUAACAUUGAAUAUUCCUGGAAACAACCAAGCUUGGCCUUUUGCCUUUGAGUAGACAUCCAGGGGCCACAGUGCCAGUAUUCAAAUUACAAAUUAUAAUCCACUUUAACUGUUAUGAACACUAUCAUUAAGAAAAAAUGGAGAAAACCCUACUCCCACUGGGAAUAUUCAAGACAGUGCCACUGACAUAUAGAGAGUCAACCUUGAGAAUUCUAGGAGAUGAAGUGGAAUGCAUGUUGUGUCUUGAGAGUUUUGUAUCAUCUUUUCAGAAAUCCACCAAUUGAAAAAAAAAAACACUUUUGAUUUCUAAAAAGCAGUGAGGAAAUUGGCCAAUUUGGAAGCCAGAUGCAAGACUGCUUGCAGCACUAACCCACAGAACUUUCUAGCAUGAAGAGUUCAUAAUGAAGGCUUUUCAAUUCUACACUUAAGUAUAACAACAUGUAUACUCAAUCAAAUGACUUACAAUAUGAUGUCAUCUUAUAUACUUGUUAAUAAUCAACUUUUAACAGUGAAGAAGACAUAAGCCCUAUGCUAGAUGAAGAACCCAUUGAAAAAUUUAGCAUCUUCAUGGUUGAUGGUAGCUUUUAUUGGCCUGCAUUUCAGAGACAAACUCUUUUUAUAAGACUAUUCUUGUCUCUCUCCAAUGUAUGAAUGCGGGACAUGUACUUAGGACCUUAGAAGACAGAAUCCUCAAGUUCGGUAUUUUAUAGCAGUUAUUGUCUAGAAAACAAAUAUGCUUGUGUCAAUACAUUUCUACUUUCCCUAAUUUCACACUGGUUGCCUACAUCUUUUUUGCUAUAUGGAAGGCACAUUUUGCACUAUAUUAGUGCAGCAUGAUAGGCACUUAACCAGUGUUGCCAUAGAAACUGCCUCUUUUCAUAUGGGAUGAAGACAUCUGUGCCAAGAGUGCUGUGGAGACAUUUGCAAGCUUUUGUUCUCUGAAGAGAGUUAGUUCAGUCUUGAUGGUAACAGGAUCGA